AUGUCUUUGCUCUUUUUUUCCCAUCUGUGUUUUGCACUAUUUCACCUAGGUACACUUUUUAUUUAUGUCGCAAGUCUUACUGCUGAGCUUGCGACGGUACCGAAGGAAUUAGGCUUUGAAGUUUACAAUAAUGUUGCUUCGCCUCCAUUUGAUAUGUAUCUCCUUCAGCCAAAGCUUGAUGGAUCUAUUACGGCAUUUGUUGGCCCAGUUGAAUCUACUCACUCAUAUAAUAUGGCAAGUGUGUCAGUUUUUUUGAACACACAUAAUGUGUACGUCCAUCGGACCUACGUAUCCCCCUUGUUUGCUCUGUGUAUUGUGGAAAACGCCCAUCUUUUGGCGCAGCAGGACAUGAUACUUAUGUGUGUCUUCCAUGUGAACGUACCCACAUUUGCGGGUCCUUUCUUGUCUGAAUCCUCAUGUUUACUUCACACCUUAAAUGAGUCAGAGUGCGCAUCCCGAAUUGAUCUAGAAUUUUUGUCGCAGUAUCAAACUUUUCCGGCGUCUCUAGGGCCUGUUGUCAUCACUUACAAUAUUUCGGCCUUUCAACUGAAUUACACUGGCGGAAAUACGCAAUAUUUUGAGCGGCCAGAUGUUAUUGGCUCCCUUAUUCAUCCAUCCAUGAGUCUUCCCCCGGUUUCUGUUUUGUUGCUGCGUGAUGUCAACUGGAUUACUCUUUUCAAAGAUGCCAGUGGGCAGUCAGUCAUGCAAUGGGGUGUUCCAGGAAUGCAGCUUGGGAGUUUAUUCAGCAUUUUUCUCAGGAUUACUCGAAGUUCUUUUCUUCAAGAAUUUCGUAUGCGUUUGGUUUUGAGCUCAAGUUUGCGUUAUCGCUACAAGCAGGAACUGCAUUCCGAAGGUGCGCGUAGCUGGCGUGUCCAAGUCAAUCCAAAGCGAUACGGCGCUCUUAUCCGAGGCCGUAAAUUAAUGCCAGAACUUGCGGUGGAUGGGCUGAGUCAUAACCUGUCCAAUUCGACAGAACCUCGGUAUGUUGUGAUCGCCGAGUUAGUCGUGGAAGAGUUUAUGCAGACCGAUUCGACCAUUCUAUCUCCACGACCUGUCGAAUCGAGCCAGGCCUCCCACGAUGCGGAUGAUGAUCACGCGGUUGCAGAGGGCAUUUCAAGUGUCGACCAGCCCACCCAAGAAAUGAUGCAUAGACCUGAACCACCCCUUCGGUUUCAGCUACUGCAGUGGGCCCCCACCAAUUUUGCUUACUCACGAAACGAUACAAACACUCCCACACUUUCUUUGGCUCUUCCACAAAUGAUUCCCAGCGCGGAUUCCCUCCACAUACUCGUCCAGUUUGAGCCGAAAGACAUUCUCGAGCCACCGUGGUACCCUGCCUCUCCAUCUCCCGAGCCAUACAAACUGCGUGUCUUCAGUUUACUUCCAAACUCUCCUGGCGCCACUACACAUGUUAAUUCUCUGGAUGCAGUUUUCGGUACGACCUCCGCUGGCCGCCUGAAAGACAUAACUGAUCAUGUGCUCUGUCGACCAGCAACGAGCCGGACAAGCCUUGGAGACCCUUUUCUUGGUGCAUCGACUUCGGCCAAUCCCUCUUGUCCUACAUCUAUGCAGCAGGCCCCAUCGGAAGUGGAGCAGUUUUCUUUUUUUCCCAACGAUCCGUUGUUUGACACCCAACUUGUCUCCUUGGCCCACGCAGCAGGUGGUCUUGGAUUUAGGCCUGGGUUGUCCGACCAGUUGUUGCUGACGUUGACUUCUAGUGACGAAGCUACAAGACACGUAUCCAUCGUACCAAGCAUCUACGGCCCACUUAGGUCCACCGUGACUGGCAAGCUCUGGGCCUGGAGGGACUGGCGCGGACCUACAGUCCGUCGCUGGAUGCUGGAGGGCUUCCGCAUCCAUGUGGCAUCUAGCCUGUUACGCCGAAUAAAAGGAUGGCGAGUAGCCAACACAACCACCCAAAAUCCACCACCACUGUGGUACUCAUCGGAAAAUAAGUCCAUAUUGACGACCGAUCGGUUUGAACAAACACCAAUCACCGUUACAGCUCGUAUUUACACUAUGCGCCCGGGAACUGGUCAGCGUCUGUACCUUGGUUCGUCUGAGCAUCCCCAUAUUCCCGCUGAUCUCCAAGUCCAUGGCGAUGUCUCGACGUCAGGCCACUCUGAAGAUCGCGCGCGGCCUCUGGAAUUUGAUAUUACUCGGUUGUUGCCUGCGUGGGCUAUUGUAGUCCGCUCGGUAUCCAACAGCGUCAACGAUGUGAAUCCGCUUCCCUCUGCCUAUGUUUUCCACGACGUUUUUAGCAAACGGCCACAUUUAGUAGGACUUCGCGCUGGUAGAGUCAUGCUCGGUCUUGUCGCUGCGUCUGGAGACCCACAGCACUUGGCCAGCACUUACGUCGAUGUUGGUCGUCCGCAACUCCACGAUGGCACUGUUGCAGAAGAGGAUCCUUUGAGCGUGGUGUCUAUUAGGGCAGAUUGUGUAGAACCCGCCCUUCGUAUAUCUGGUCGUUUGUCUUCAUAUGCGUCCGAAGGAAUGCGAUCCACUGGCGCAUACGACGCUGACAAUGGCAAUCCUCACUCUGGUGCAUCGGGAAGUGGUCGAUUUGGACCCGUGAUGGAUCUUAGUCUACCCCAACCACAGCGCCUAAGUUUUAAGCUUCUCCGUGCAGAAUCUUCCGAUACCGUCCUCGUUAGCGCCGCUGCGUCAUCCGCCACCCGAAGCCCGGAAUCCUUACGCUCCCUGCUGUUUCAAAAGGCCUCACGACUCGAAGCCAUUGGGCAUAAGGACAGACCGGCAUCAGCGGUUUCGUGUCCUGUUCAUCUACUAUCUAUGAGUUUGAUUCUGUCAGACGGUAGUGUUCUCCAUGCACACAGAACUCCACCUGGUCAUCUACGAAUUUCAGUAUUCGGGACGGAUCUGGUUUGGGAUCCAGCCAUUCCGCUGAAGCCCGCCGGAAACCCCGAGGAUCGGCUUGCUCCCUAUUUAAAGCAGUCCAUACGAGUACGAAUCAACAGUCUCGUCGUAUGGCCCCCGAUGUUCCGUGCCACCCAUCCUGUCGUACCCUUUUCCGUCCCUCUUGGGGCAAUGGAUGACGUCAUUGGUGCAGUGCGGUCAGGCCGACCACUCACGGACCCUGGAUCUCCGCUUAGCCCCCUUAAACUACUGACCUCCAGAACUUCGGAAGUGCCAACGACACCCAGUGUUCAAUCCGCUAAUCAGGUCGGUCCUACUGCUCGUGGUCCGGAAGCUCAGCAGCAUCCAGCUGGCAUGCACCCCAUGGGUGAUCGUGCCAGCGUCCUUAUUGAUCCACAAUAUUACCAUGGUGUUCGUUUUUCUAACCACAGCAACAGUCAAUCGACGACCGCAGUCACUUACAUAUUAAUUGGAGUCGGUUUUCUCGUGCUUCUCCUGUUUGUAACCAAUGGAUUAGUCUUGUGGGUUGUACGGAACAAGCGCAGACAACGUGCAGGCUCAUCAAGGGACUUCAGGCGGAGUGCGAUAAAAGAACUCCCCAUGGGAAUCGGUGCAUAUACCGGACAGUCCGUCGAUGAAAAGUCAAGCGGCGACAAUCACUAUUGUAACACCGGAACCACAGCCGGCACUCCCAGAACACCGCUUGUGCAGUCACACGCAGAAGAGCAUCAGAGCCAUCGGUAUUUUUGCAGUUCCUCUCCCCGUCCUCCCGACGUUGUGCCUAUGGCUGCAGGGCUCAGUUGUGGUAGCGUUGGCAGCGGGGCGAGUGGUCAUAUGGGUAGCGCAUCUAGUGGCCCGACGGGUAGCUUGAAACAGUCAAUCUUGAUGGGGACCACUGCGAAUCCUUACACGAUUACUUCAGAGCCCUCUUUGGCUGGCGCUUUUCAUUCCCAACUCACACCUCUCUCUUCCAAUUUAGCAUACGUUAUACCAAGCUGGAACUCUGCAGCUAGGUUAUGUCAUUCUAGGCGAAUGACGAAUACUAAUACCAACUCUUCCAAUCAAUCACCCACCUCUGUGGGCUGGCUCCCUAGCGUCUCUCAGUUGAUUCCUAUAGCACCUAACCCGGGAUGCACCAGUGGUGUUGGAUCUGUGUGCACUGCAGAAGGUUGUAGUGAUGAAGGUGCUGCAUCCGGCCCAGAAGUGAUGGGUUUGUCUGAAGAGCUCCUACAUUUAAAUGGACAGCACGGCAUCCCUGUCAACCGAUGCGUUUCCGGUCCAUUUCAUCUUCAUAUUCCCAUAGGAAAUGGCCAACAAAGCGCCACGGAAGGCACAAACAGUACUGCCAGCGGCUUUUCCGGACAGUUAAAUAGAACUUUUCUCCCUACUUUCAGGCACACUACUGCAAAUGGAACCGGCGUUGGCAGUCUGAGCGGAGAAAGUAGUGCUGGCGAACUGAACGAUUGUCUACAAGUUAACCCACAGAGUUCCAUGGAACUUGUCGAACGUGAUCAUUUGCCAGGAGGGACACCCCGCUCCCCAGAUCGCUGCUUCACACAUCAGCAAACCUACCCUCUUGGCCAAUAUUCAGCAAACUUCAAGGGCCAGUUUACACCCAUGAGAGAUGCUAGUCGACGUCAUGCCAGUCCGGUGCUGCAUAACACCCAAAUGUCGGAGAGUUUCACCAUCUCUGCUUGUGGUAGACAUCCGAGCUCCCUAUCACAACGGCCUGUUUUUCCUAGAAACGAUGUCUUCCAACGGAACCCUCCCUCACCUACUCGCCCAGUAUCGAAUGAAUCCGGCUCGAUCGAUCCAGUUAGGUCCUUCGGGGUUGACAAUGGACUUGAUCAACGUUGUGCUUCUAUACCCAUCGGGUAUGAUCGCAUUGAAGCCAACGGGGAAUCUGCCUUGGAUGACCUCGAUUCCUCUCCCGUACCCAUGCCUCCUGUCUUGCUACUUAACAGCUGUGCUGGACUCAGAUCUCUUUCUCCUCCAACAAGUCCAUUCAAAAGUCAUGAUCAAUCCGCAGCAUCUGUUCCGGAAAGUCGCGCGCUUGGUGGAUCAUACAAGCGUAGCGAUAGUUUUGGAAUGGCCACAAAACCCUCACUUAGCCAGUUAGCUGGGUUCUCGCCGCUAAACCGAGAUAUUGCUGACUCAUUGUUCUGCUCUCCUACCUGUGAUGGACAUACAGCUGUACCUGACACAAUGGUCGGUGAUACCUUAGACCUGUCCGACGAGAUCAGCUCUGAGUCCAAAGCCAGUUCUGCAUUUAGAAAGAGUCAAAAGUUCGUCACUGUCGCAAAAUCAUUUCCGUGCUCUCCAAAUGUUCAUUCCAUGGAGACCGAUGAUCCGACGUAUCUGUACAAAAUACCACCACCCGAACUGUAGGAUAUCCCCUCACGUGCGCUUUCAGACAUGGCAUGGUAUUUUAAGUGCGAGAGAAUUAUAAAUCCCUGAAAACCGAUGACAUUCCGUCUUCCAGCGUUUUAGCUUCGAGUUCGUAUCGCUUAUCUUCCACCUAAAUUUCUGCCCAAUAGAACUUGUCCUGAUGCACCUCAUAGUUAAUCCCUUCCUCUACACUCAUCUUUUCUCAUGCGCACGAGCGCAUGUUGCCCUCUACUUAUCAGUUUGAUAGCGGUGCUAUCUUAUGUACAUAUUACUCUUACACUUUUUUCACCUUAUUUCACAGUGAUGCGGUUUGAAUCGCGAGCGUUCCGACCCCGUUUUUAUCAUCCCAUUGUUUCCCAAUUCAGUAGCCUAUUCUCUCUUUUGGAUGAAGGUAUUUCUUUCAUAUAAAUUCUUAUACCAAGCUUG